UAAUCUAAAGAGAAACAAAUUGUUGUUCCAAAAUCAAAGACUUAAUUGCUAGGCUUAUUAAUUACUUUCCAAAUUUAAGAACAAUAAUGAGAGAAAAAGAGGGACGACCAGCUUGUACAAUUUGAUGGACUUUGGACCCAACAGCUCCAACAAAAAAAAAAACAGUUGUCGAAACAAUAGAUUUUCCUUUGAAAAAGCCUUACCACCAUAUACGAUCAAUAAAUACCCCAACACAAAUAAGACUUCUUUCUUCAAACCAAGAAACAUGGUGCUCUUGAAACCCUCUGCCUUAUUAAAAUCCUCUAAACCCCGGCCGCAACAGCAACAGGGCUUCUCUGAGUCUCUAAUUGGCGAUAGUGUGGAUGUUGUUGACGCUUUCAUAACCGAAUGGGUUUCUCCACACCACAACGAUUCUUCUACAUGUUCCUGCAUCAUCUCUUCCCUAUUCUCCCCCCAAAAUCGUCUACAAGGCAGGCGCUUCCUCGAGGUUCUCGGCAGGUUACAAUACGCCAUUCAAAGUACUGUUGUGGUGAAUCCAGACUCCGCUAAGCUUGCUCAAGGGCAGGAUUUGAUGCGCAAAGCUAUGAAGCAUUUAGAAAAGGAGUUUUAUCGGGUUAUGAAAUCGAACAACCGGUUUUUGGAUCCAGAAUCCGUCUCCGGUUGGUCUUCGAGAUCGUCCGAGGCCAGCACACCAUCGAGAUCAAGUGGAAACGCUUCGGAUUCUUCAUCUGAUGAUAACGAGCUUGAUUCUGAAUCCUCAUCUGAAUUAGGUAACGAUAUAGGAGGAUUUGGAAAUUCUGAUGCCAUCGUGGAUUUAAAGAUGAUAGCAAAUUGUAUGAUCUCUUCUGGUUACGAGAAAGAUUGUGUUAAAAUCUACAAGAAAUUUCGAAAAAAGAUCAUCGACGACGCACUAUCUAAUCUAGGGUUUGAGAAGUUAACCUCUACCCAAAUGCAGAAACUGGAAUGGGAGAUUCUAGAGAAGAAGAUCAAAAUAUGGGUGAGGGUUGCGAGGGUAGCAAUCACCACUCUGUUCAAUGGAGAGCGAAUCCUUUCCGAUCACAUUUUUACCUCCUCCGUCGCUGAGUCUUGCUUCGUGGAGAUUACACUACAGAGAGCGUUAAACCUCUUCAUCUUCUCACUAACUGUAGCGAAAUCCAAAAAAUCUGCAGAGAAGAUCUUCCCAACACUCGACGUUUACCAGACGAUCCUACACCUAGUUCCUAAAAUCGAUCAGAUCUUCAGCUACGAUUCGACCGCUUCUGUCAGAUCACAAGCGGUUGAAUCUCUAGAUAAACUCUCUGAAUCGGUGAAUGCAAUGAUGACGGAGUUUCAAACGUCGAUUACGAAAGAGUCGUCAAAAUCAGCGAUUCCAUGUGGCGGAGUUCAUCAGCUCACGAGGUAUGUCAUGAACUUCAUCGUCUUCCUUGCAGACUACAGCGACUCGCUCGCCACUAUUCUCAAGGAGUCAUUAUCAUUACCUUUGCCGGAGGAUUACUUCAGAAGCAGCGGCGAAGAAAAUCCAGGAUCCGGUGAUCGAUCUCCGAUGGCGGCGAGAUUCGCGUGGUUGAUUCUUGUCUUGCUCUGCAAAAUUGACGCCAAAUCUCGUCUGUACAACGACUCGGCUCUCUCAUAUCUGUUCCUCGCGAACAACCUUGAUUACGUUGUGACAAAGGUCCGUACAUCGAAUCUUAGGGUCGUACUCGGAGACGAUUGGGUGACGAAUCACGAAGUUAAGGUGAUGCAAUACCUCGAGAAAUAUGAGAAAAAGGCAUGGGGAGAUGUGGUUACAUCGCUCCCGAAAGAUUUAACAACGGAAGCGGAGGCGGAAAAGUCACUGAGACGGUUCAACGAAGCGUUCGAAGAGGCUUACAAGAAACACAAGAUUUGGGUUGUACCCGACCCAAAACUUAGAGGCGAGAUCCAAGCCUCUGUAGCAACAAAACUCAUUCCCGGGUAUACGGGAUUCUACAAAAAAUACCCGGUCGGAUCAUGCAAGAUUGUCAGAUUUACCCCUGAAGAUCUAAAUAAUUAUAUAUCCGACCUAUAUAUUGGUUUAGGAAGAACCGUGCCCGUAUCAAAAACAAACAAGUACAUGACGGGUAGCCAAGCCACAGAUUUGAAGCAUCGGUCCAUUUAAAAAAAGCUCGUGUGUAACUUUCUCUAGUUAAAACUAUGUGAAAUCUAUACAACGUAGUCCAAACAACAUUUAAGUUCCAAUU